GGAUGUACCAUAAACUUCACUCAUUUCCUUUCUCCCUCUUCUUCUCUUUUUUCAGUCAAACAUCAGACGUUGCUUCAGAUGUUAGUUUAAAACUAUUAAUAACCCAUUGUUUUUGUUGCUUAUUAGUCUCUUCUCCAAUUAUAUUUUUCAUCAGAUUAUUCAAAAUCACUACUACUAUGGAACAAAUAAUUGUAUGGGGGUUGUUUUUCAUCUUCCCCUUCUGCAUAUCAUCGGGGAUGGAAGCUGAGCCGCCACUGGAGUUGAGUCGUCUAACUCGGGAACUUUUGGAAUCGGCGAGAGACCCGGAAUUCUUUGAGUGGUUGGUUAAGGCUCGAAGGAAAUUGCAUGAGAAUCCAGAGCUCGCCUUCGAGGAAUUUGAAACGAGUGAGUUCAUAAGAACAGAGCUGGAGUCGGUCGGGAUUAAUUUCAAUUGGCCGUUAGCUAAGACUGGGAUUGUGGCCUCCGUGGGAUCAGGUGCGCACCCAUGGUUCGCUCUUAGGGCUGAUAUGGAUGCUCUUCCUAUUCAGGAAAUGGUAGAGUGGGAACACAAGAGCAAGAAGGAUGGAAAAAUGCAUGCUUGUGGGCAUGAUGUUCAUGUCACAAUGCUUCUUGGAGCUGCCAAGCUGCUUCAACAAAGAAGAAAUGAGCUCAAGGGAACAGUGAAGCUUGUUUUUCAACCUGGGGAAGAGGGACGUGGUGGGGCAUACUAUAUGGUAAAAGAAGGUGCAAUAGAAAAUGUGAAAGGCAUAUUUGGUUUACAUGUCGCACAAGAUAUGACUUUAGGGGCAAUUGGUUCAAGGCCUGGUCCAUUUACGGCUUGUAGUGGUAGGUUUUUGGCUACAAUACAAGGAAUUGGUGGUCAUGCUGCACUUCCUCAUCAAGCAAAAGAUCCACUUUUAGCCAUGUCUUCUGCUAUUAUCUCCCUUCAACACAUCAUUUCUCGUGAAACUGAUCCUUUUGAUUCCAGGGUGAUCAGUGUAGGGUUGGUUAAAGGUGGGGAAGCAAGAAAUGUGAUCCCCGAAACUGUAACAUUUGGAGGUACUUUUCGAAGCAAGACUUUGGAAGGUCUUUACAACCUUAAGCACAGAAUUCAACAGGUAAUAGAGUUUCAAGUAGCUGUGUAUGGUUGUAGUGCCAUUGUAGACUUCAUGGAAGAAAAGGCAAGGUUCUACCCACCCACUAUCAAUGACCAAUCAUUAUACGACCAUGUUAACAAUGUUGGACAACAUUUGCUUGGAGGCCCUUCAAACGUUCUUCAUCUUCCUAACACAAUGGGAGCAGAGGAUUUCAGCUUCUACUCCCAACACAUUCCUGCUGCAUUUUUCAUGAUUGGAGCAAAGAACGAUACGAUGGAAUCCGGAAUACCAUUGCACUCGCCCUACCUUGUCUUGGAUGAACACGUUCUUCCACUUGGAGCUGCUCUUCAUGCUGCUGUUGCAAUUUCUUACUUGGAUCAACAACAUCAUUUUGUUUCCAGUAAUUAAAGAUCAUGAUAUAUAGCACUUAAAGAGAGAAGUGUAUUUUGUCACAUUUCUUGUUUUACUAUUUGGAGAUUUAAUUUGGCAUAAACAAUAAUGUCUUAGGUUGUACAUGAAUUUAUAUGCUUUUUCUGCAAUUUGGGUUUGGAUAAAUGAUAAGGCUUUGUGAAAGUGUUUUUGAUGAUA